AUGAAGAGUCAGAAAAACGUCCGAAGCGACGCAAAGUCGCGGUCGCAUGCGAUGAAUGUCGCGCGCGGAAGGUCCGGUGCGACGGCAUCCAACCCGGUAGGUCUCGCAGGUCUUCUUCCGAUGUCCGCGUUGCUUCGGAAUAUGAACCGCCUUGCUGACCGCAUCUCUCAUUCCUGGUACCUUAGUCUGUGGGCCUUGUACGAAGCGUUCGGAUGCGCGCUGCGUUUACACUGCUACAUCGCUAGUUUGGAAAAUAAGAUCAGACAUCUAGAGAGCCCGAGUGGGCAGCAGGUGUCACGUUAUGCGCAGUCUACAUCGCCAAUCAAUCAGGUCUCACCUUCAGUCCAGUCAUCGGGACAACCCAGUCCAUCACAAACGGUUCCUCUCAACCGGCUCGAUGGAAGGAAUGGCUUCUCUGCAGGCACUGGAGGGCAGCCAAGCAAUGCAGUUUACCGUCGUUUGGAACGUCCUUUAGACACUGAAGGACGAGAUGAUGGUGUGAACGCAAUGAUGGGUUCUCUGGAGGAGGAGCGCCAGACACAAGGAUUUUUUGGCAGCUCAAGUGCUACCAGUUUCAUGCGUCAGAUAAAGACAGCUGUGGAAAAGAGGGUAGACUCUCCCAACCGCCGAGCAUCCGAGUCGAUACUGGGAAAUGCGCCGCAAUCGAGUUUUCUGUCCAAAAGGUCCGAAAGACGCUCGACGAUAUCCAACUAUGUGCUUCCUCCAAGAAAAACGGCUGAGAGCCUUAUGGAUGUGUACUGGCGAUUUGUGUUUCCUCUCUAUCCGCUGGUUGAUAGCAUUCAUUUGCGAAAGGAGUAUAGCAAGCUCUGGACCGGAGAAACGCUCGACUCGGACGAGAAUAUGCUCAUGUGCACAUUCAACGUCAUAUUUGCUUUGGCCUGUCAAUUGGCUGAUUUCAUCCCGCCGGACGAGCGAGAAGCCUCUGCGGAUGCUUUCUUCUCGCGCGCAAAAGACCUCCUACACUUUAACCUCUGGCACGGUGGCUCCGCUGCUCUGAUUCAAUGCCUUCUGCUGAUGGCUCAGUACCUGCAAAGUACUGACUCAGCACAUCAAUGCUGGAUUGUCACUGGCUUGGCGAUUCGGAACGCUCAAAGUUUGGGCCUGCAUCUUCCACAGACCAUUGCCCGUCUACCGAGUUUCCAAGAAGAGCAACUCGCACGGAAGGUCUGGCACGGAUGUGUUCUUAUGGACAGGGUCAUUUCCAUGACAUUCGGACGACCAGCUAUGAUCUCCAAGGCAUCCUGUGGCUCCGUUCCGCUGCCAGCCACAGUGGACGAAGAGUACAUUCCCGCAGCUCUGGGUGGUGAAGUGAGACAACCCACGGACCGUCCUUCCGUCAUGGCCUUUUACGCAAAGUCCCUUGAGCUCUACGAGAUUCUGAACGAUAUUCUGCUCAGCCUCUACAAACCUGUUCCCGAAGAGAACCCUGAAGACAUUUACGAUUUCUACUUCAACAAAGGACCGGAUGAAGGCGAACGUACUAUCUUCGAACUCGACCGAGCUCUGACCAAAUGGACUCAAAGUCUACCGCCCCAUCUCCGAGGAGAUACACCCUCCGAGCCUGAGGAUGCAGUUUUCUACCAUCAGAGUGUGGUUUUGAGAGCUCGGCCGAUUUUAUCAAAAUACUGUACUGCUCGCGAGAAUACACCGCACGAUCCGCUUAUCUCAGUGAAUGAUUCGUUUCCCCAGCGAGUUGCGCAGCAGUGCUCCAUCAUCUGUGUCAAGGUCGCGCAAGAGGUUAUUGAAUUGAUCCACAGCAACAUCCCUGCCGACGGCUCUGCCGGUCCACUUCCAGCUUGGUGGUACAAUAUUCUCUCCUUCAAUGGAGAAUGUACUGACAGGGAAGAUGUCUACACGGCAGCGACGGUCCUGAUCGCCGGGCGCCUCCGAUCCGCUAUCCUCGAAGCAGUCACAGAAACAGCGAUAACUAGAUCCUGGAAUUGCGCCCUUGAAAUAUUGAGAAGCUACCACAGUUACAGCUCAUCCGCUCGACGGUGCGUCGCAGCAUUGGAGAUCCUCUACGAAAGGGUCGUGUCCGAAGGACCACAACAGAAUGAGCCGCCAACCCAUGCUCAAGCCAGCACUUUCAGCACCAUGAACGACAUGUCCCUUGGCGAAGGCAUGAAUACAGACUUGCUCGAUGGGUUCGAUAUGCCUGAUUUCCAGGAUAUGUCAUGGCUGAACAGCGUGCCGAGUAAUCUUUAUUGA